AUGCCAUUCAGACCCAAAGAAGAGUUCCAUUUGAUGAUUCGAAGGAUCAAGCGCACCAACUAUGACGACCAGGAUUUCUAUGCGCAGCGAGACAUCGUAGAUUGGAUGGAAGCAGUCGAAAAUGGCAACAACGCAUCGAACGCGGCUCUGCUUCUUACCAGCGUCUACGGCUUCGACUCGUUUGUGCCUGUACGAGAAGAAGAUUUGGAGGGAGCGCUGAUUGUUUUUGCCAUUCUUAUCCACAUGAAUUGCGGGGAUCUCAUACACAUCUUCAUGUCAUACUUUCAAGACGACACGCUUGAUCGAGACGUCCCCAGUGGGAUUCGCGACGCUAUCCGGUGCUGUCAUCUGCGACCCGAAUCGCAGAUACAACAGCUUAUAGAUCGGCUCGACGGCGAGCGCUGGGCAUUCGUGCCAGUUAGGGUUGAGGAUAUCUGCCGAAAAGCAAAAGUGCUGGAAACGGGUUUUUACAUCCUCCCAUUCUGCAGGAAGGAAGUCGGAAGACUUCCUGGACCUGUUCACACAGCGGUGAACAAUGUUUGGAUCCAGAGUGAUCUCAUCUCGGGAGAGCUCAGUGAGAAGUUUGAGGGGUCAGAGACGGAAGAUAACGAGUUUGGUCAGUGCUAUCGUCUCGCCAUGUUUUCAUAUCAAAGCAACUAUCGAGUGUUCAUGGAUGAAAUCAGCCACUUUGAGGGCAUCGGAAUGCUCAAGGAGCGAUUAAAUGUCAUGGAAGCUUCCUGUACAAAGGCUCCAGUGAUGGAGAUUACGGGGCAUGCCACAUCCUUUCUGAGGGUGUCGAACAAAGUCUUCAUGAUCCUUACCUCGGCAGCAGCACCAAGUACAAAUCUCGAAAUCGUCAACUCUUGGACUAGGAUUUUCGGUGUGGCCGAGACUUUAUCUGACCUGGAGAAAAUGGAGUACAAAUUUCCAAAUGGAAAAGUCGUGCUGUCAAAAGGAUGGCAUGGCUAUACCGACCCCAACAGUAUCUUCUGGGUUGAGGACAGAUUCAAGCUUGCAGACUUUAACCAAUCCAAGUUUGAAGUAGAAAGGUCUUUGCAUCGGCUCAACGUGGACAAGACUCACAGGACCAUUUUAUCCGGUACCCCAGAAUGCACAGCCGGGCGGCGGAUAACGCAGUUUACUAUGAAAGCAUUGCACAGGAUGACCAUUUGGUCCCUGGGAUGCGUUUUGUCCAGUUUUGCGACGUGGAUUGUUUUCGGGCCAGACGGCUAUGAUAAAUAUCAGAGACUUCGUUCCGGUGCCAUCCGCGCUGUGCCAACGGCCCAGACCGACGAAGGUGUCUCACUUCAUAAAUGUGGCUUUCACGAUGGCUUUGCGCUGUUGCAGUCAGUCAAAGACUGGCACCAGUUUUUGCGUCUCUCACUUAGGCUGUCAGACACCAUCACUGGCAAGGUACUGGAUCUUAUUGAAGCAAAACUGUUGGUGAACGACCCCAAAGAGCGAAUUUUAUCAAGAGAGUUGGUCCGGGUGCUUGAGGAAAUUAUUGUUCAAGCGAAACAUGAUUAUGACACGGCUAUAAAGAAUCGCGAAAUGCUCCCAGACGAGUUCUUCAAGGAGUUGCAGGAUCUGGAUAUUGAAAAAUGUGGAAGCAUCCAUGUCAGCGAAAGCCCCGACGCUGACAGCAGUGACGAUGAAGAAGCAGCUCAUGAAGCUCGGCAGUCCCAGUCUUCCCGCAGUGCUAGUUUGGACAGAUCGUCAGUCAGCGGAGCGAAGUCACCUACCGAUGACGAAAAGACUGAGGAGGCGCCUAGUCCCAGGACUCAGCACAGAAAGCUAUCAAUCUCUUUUGCAGAACAACACCAGCCUGCCUCAAGCGCAGAUAGUGAUGCAGCGACCCAUCGCCCGCCUAGUUCGAGCCGAAACCAAGACUCAUCACCGGAUGAGCACUCUGUUUCCAACCUUGAGAGAGACUCCUCGAUGGAUCGCAGGUCAACCCCAAGCCGUGACGGGAGUCCCUCUGUUGACGGCGAGCGAGACCUCUGGUCUUUUGGUUUUGGAAUCCAGAAGGCUCGUGCUAAGACUCGUGCGAAGGGGCAGAAGCAAGAAAGAACCGUAUCCAAGAAAAAUGAUAGAUUUGAUUGGGAAGCCUGGGGUCAGGAUGCUGCUCGUACCGGCAUGAUGCCACCAGCAAUGCCUGUUUAA